AUGAGGGAAAAGAACUCAAGACGUAAAAUAGAGCCGGUUUAUUAUAGCCAGAGCGAAAAUGAUGAUAGUAAUGAAGAUAUUGAUGAAAUAGAGAGUGUGGUUUCUCAAAAUGAAUUUACUAGAAAGGGAGAAGGGAUAGGUAUUCAAGAAAGCUCCGAAGAAAUCAACGACUUGGUUGAGUCAAUAGAUCUCACUCUUGUGGUGUGGCUUAGGGAGAUGUAUUGCAAAUAUAAUCAACCAUAUUUGACUUGUCUGGAUUGCUUAGAGCAUUCAAACUACACGACAAGAUUGGCAGAGGAGUUAUUAAUAAGUAAAUUUGGUUCAAAAUAA